GAACAAGAAAAGAGAGAGAGGGAGAGAGAAACCGAGGAAGAAAGAAUUCUAGGGUGCAGUUUGACCAGAUCUGAACACGGAGCCGAGGACGCGCUUAGAGCGCACGGAUUGUUUCCACACCGAGCUUCAGACCUGCGAGGCUCUUGUCUGGAUUGCGAGUGUUUUUAGUCUCCUGGAAAAAAAAAAAACAACCCACCGGGAUUGUGAAUUCUGACAGGAUUUUCUUGGGAUUAAUCUAGCCAACGGAGCAGCUCCAUUCAUGUGCCGAGAGCGGCUUUGAAAGGAAAGAUCUGAAGGUGUUUCAAAGUCCAAAAAAAAAAAACAGAGCGAGCGGGGAACGCAUGUUUCUCGGGUUCUGCCGCAGUCCUCGCACUGGUGCUUACUACUCUCGGGUACAUUUUUUUUUUGUCCACGGUCAUGAGCACAAAAUAAUAAUACAGCAUCACUUGAGAAUCCUUGCGAAAGCAUUGAAGUCACUUUCAGCUAAGGAUGAUUCUGUUUCCAUGUGAGAAAGAUUCUUAGCAAGUGAAUGCAUUUCGAAUUCAAUGUUACAGUGCAUUCUGAUAACCGCUUUGCAAUAUUUUUUUUUUUGCAAGAAACGUUAUUGUAGCCCCCUAAGCUAAUGUUGCAAUUCUGUUGCAAAUAUACUGCAUUAAGCUGUGCAUUCAUUGCACGGCAUUUGCGAAAGAUGAAUGUUUGGCGACGACCUUAAAUCAGAUUGGAAUCUCAUUUGGUCUGAACGAGAAUAAAAAAAAACGAAAACUAAGAUUUAUAAAUUGUCGUAUGUUCAGGUCCAAACGCUCAGGGCUUGUGCGGCGACUCUGGAGAAGCCGUUUGUUGAUUCCAGAUAAGGAAGGGGGAGAUGGAUGUUGCCGAAACAGCGAGGGGGUUCGGGACGGUCUGUGCGGUAGAAGCCCAGAGAAAAGUCCCGAAACGGAGCGCAGCCCGAUGACCCGAGCGGGGUCGCCCGUGGGAAACCCCGGCAGAGCGUCUCCCGCCGACCCCGCGGAGGGCAGCGGCAGCUCUGGGGGCGCCUUGGACCAAGAUGGGGGUGCUGCUCUGCCCGUCCGGGAUCAGGAAAGCGCCAGGUCUGCGCAGGAGAGUGAAUGCAGGACAGUGACGUGCUGUUUGUUUAAAGACCGGGACCACUCCGGAGCCAGGAGCCCAGACUCGGCUCGGGAUAAAGAGCCCGGCUCCUGCCAGCUCCCGCUGCCUCCGCGGGACGCCGGUCUUUUGGGGAGCCAGGAGUCGAAACACGCCGAGCAGGAACUCAAGGCGGCCACCUAUUCGCUUCUAAAACGGCUGAAGGAGAAGCCGCUGGAUGCCCUGCUGGAAGCGGUGGAGUCCAGAGGGGGGGUGCCCAGUGAUUGCGUGAUGGUGUCCCGCGCGGAGCUGCGGCUGGGAGGGCAGACGGCACCCCCUCAGCUCCUGCUCUGCAAGCUGUACCGCUGGUCCGACCUGCAGCACACGGCCCAGCUCAAACCGCUCUGCGAAUGCCAGAGCUUCGGGGUCCCGGACAGUCCGUCCGUGUGCUGCAACCCCUAUCACUACAGCCGGCUCUGUGGGCCAGAGUCGCCUCCCCCUCCUUACUCACGACUUUCUCCCACUGAAGAGCUCAAGCCACUGGAUCUGUCGGAUUCAACAUUGUCUUACACUGAAACGGAGGCCACAAGUUCCCCUAACGUCAGCCCGGGUGACUUCUCAGAUGCCAGCCUGUCUCCCGACGCUCCGAAGCAGAGCCACUGGUGUAACGUGGCGUACUGGGAGCACCGCACGCGCGUGGGUCGCCUCUACACAGUGUACGAGCACUCCGUCAGCAUCUUCUACGACCUACCUCAAGGCAACGGCUUCUGCCUGGGCCAGCUCAGCCUGGAGCACCGCAGCCACACCGUCCAAAGGACUCGUGGGAAAAUCGGCUACGGGAUCCUGCUCAGCAAGGAGCCCGACGGCGUCUGGGCCUACAACCGCAGCGAGCACCCCAUCUUCGUCAACUCGCCCACGCUGGACAUUCCCAACUGCCGGACGCUGAUCGUGCGCAAGGUGAUGCCGGGGUACUCCAUCAAAGUCUUCGACUACGAGAGGUCUUGCCUGCUGCAGCACGGCGCCGACCCGGAUUACGCGGACGGGCCCUACGACCCCAACAGCGUCCGGAUCAGCUUUGCCAAGGGCUGGGGGCCCUGCUACUCGAGACAGUUCAUCACAUCCUGCCCCUGCUGGCUGGAGAUCCUCCUGAACAAUCACAGAUAACACUCCCGCCCCCGCCCAGCAGGGGGCACACCAACACCCAGACAGAACACUUCCCACAAAAGAAAACUAUCCCAAAUAUCAUCUACCUAGAUUUAAUAUAAAGUUUUAUAUAUUAUAUGAAAUAUAUAUUAUACUUGUAAAUACGGAGUCAUUUUUACAACGUAAUUAUUUAUGUAUGGUGCAAUGUGUAUAUGGACAAGUUAAGAAAAUGAAAAAUGCACUUUGGCUUAUAUAUAUAUAAAAUCUUUCAGUACCAUAUUGAAAAAUUAUACAGCAAAAAAAAGGGUGAGCCUGGUUUUGUUGUAUAGUUUUCGUAUACUAUUAAUACCCAGACAAAAAAGCUAACACCCAUUCACACAUUCAUAAUAAAGUAUUUGCAUAAUAACUGUU